CUACGGAGCCAAGAAGCUGCCCGCGGCUAUCGACUGCGGAUGUUGUCCACCUCUGCAUUGUCACUGAGCUGUUGACCUCAAACCAAGACAUAACAACGGCCUGGCUGUUGAGGCUGAAGAAGACAAGACCGAGUAGCCAGAGUGCAUUGUGCUUGUGAGUUUGCGAGAGCUCGAAUCCAAACGGCCCAGCGCAUGUGAGCUGAGAGCUGAUCAUUGCAAACCUGUCGCAGUCGCACACAGUGGCAGAGGCGUGGGCAUAAGCGCAGGUUCAUGAUCCGUGUUGACGUCGCCAUUGCAGCCCCAUCACUGGCCCCGAUCUCCAUCCAACUCACCACCACCACAUAACAGCCACCCCAGCGCUGUGGUUCGCCCACCCACUUCUUUCAACUCCGACCUUUUCAACCUUUACCGACAGCUACCUUCGAGAACGAUGGUGGCCCGCCGCCGGUAAAGAUAUCGACCAUGACGGCCCUUUCUCUUUCGACUCCUCCCCAGCCUGCCGAGGGUCAUCGGCAACACGCAGCCCAGAUCUCGAGGGUUAACAACACCGCCGGCUUUAAUGGCCCCGCACCCGUCAGACAGCAAGGACAAGCAGCUGCUACCGGUUCAAGCACAGCCCUGAGUUCGCUCUCCCGACAGAACGCUCAACUCAUGGCACAGGCGCAACCGCGCGCGCAAGUUGCCGGAUAUUCUUCUUUGCGGAACGAAGGCGAUGGUUUCGGUCAUUCCGAGUCCCCUGGAAGUUCCGCUUUAAGGUCUGCCCACCCAACGACAAAUGGUCGGCAUAGAUCCAUUUCACCAACCUCUGCUGCUCGACGGCCCUCGAGUGCUCCGGGAGACAAGCAUGUCAACGGUCAACAUACCGAUGACGAAGACGAGCUUGAGACGAACGGUGUUGUCUCCAGACCAGUAAAACCCCCAUUACUGCGGUCCAAGAGCGAGCAUGGAAUCCGGAUGGAAGACGCCGAGACUGUUGUGGAAGAGGACAUUCAAGAGUGGGGUGCGAGGCAUGGUUUCGAGGACCACUAUCAAUCAAAGGCCAUAAUAUCCCAACUCGCCAAUAACUGGUACAUGUAUUUUACUGAUAAACGACAUGAGACAACCGGCAAGCCCAAAACACCCGCUUUCGAGAUCCAGGAUUGGCGAAUGCGUGAUCGUCUCAAGACGGUGUCCGCAGCCAUUGCAGUAUGUCUCAAUAUAGGGGUUGAGCCUCCUGAUCAGUUGCGAACCGUGCCUGGUGCAAAGCUUGAAGCUUGGCAAGAUCCAACUGUUCCCCCAACAAACAAGGCCCUGGAGAACAUUGGCAAAGCCCUCCAAACCCAGUAUGAGUCGAUCGCUUUCCGGACCCGGUACAAGCAAUACCUGGACCCUUCGAUUGAAGAGACGAAGAAGUUUUGUGUUUCUCUCCGGCGGAAUGCCAAGGACGAGCGGAUUCUAUUUCAUUACAAUGGACACGGAGUUCCCAAGCCGACGACUUCUGGUGAAAUCUGGGUGUUCAACAAAAAUUACACUCAGUACAUUCCUGUGUCACUGUACGAUCUCCAGCAAUGGCUACAGGCUCCCACGGUUUUCGUCUGGGAUUGUUCAGAGGCGGGCAACAUUCUGACCAACUACCACAAGUUCGUGGACAAACAUGAGGAGGAGGAGAAGGAGGUGAGGCAGAAGGAUCCAAAUUGCGAAAGGCAGAACUACCGGCCAUAUAUCCACCUAGCUGCCUGCGGCACAAAGGAAAACCUCCCAACGAACCCCCAGCUACCGGCUGAUCUUUUCACCUGUUGUCUCACCACGCCAGUUGAGAUGGCUCUUUGGUUUUUUGUGUUGCAACAUCCAUUAAAGACCAAUCUGACUCCAGAGCGAGCUCGCAAGUUAUCGGGCCGACUUCAAGAGCGUAGGACUCCGCUUGGGGAACUUCACUGGAUCUUCACAGCUAUCACUGAUACCAUUGCGUGGACGACCCUUCCUCUCGCGGCACUCUUCCGAGCGUUUCUCCUGGCGCAGCGCAUUAUGCCUGUGUAUGGCUGUCAUCCGCAGUCAUAUCCCGAACUGCCGGAUACCCGUCAACAUCCUCUCUGGGAUAGUUGGGAUCUCGCCGUUGACAUGGCUCUGGCCCAGCUCCCAAUGCUGGAGAGGAAGGAGCUCGACGGUACUCCCUACGAGUAUGUCAACUCGACUUUCUUCACGGAGCAGCUCACCGCUUUCGAGAUUUACCUCUGUCGAGGUGAUGCACAAUCCCAAAAGCCACCCGAACAACUCCCGGUGGUCCUACAGGUUUUACUAAGCCAGCAACACCGACUUAGAGCCUUGAUCCUACUUACUAGGUUUUUGGACCUUGGACCAUGGGCCGUUCAGCUUGCGCUCAGUAUCGGCAUCUUUCCUUAUGUCCUGAAACUGCUCCAGUCUGUCGCACAGGAUCUCAAACCGGUGCUCGUCUUCAUCUGGGCGCGCAUCCUAGCCGUUGACAUCUCAUGCCAGCAAGACUUGAUCAAAGAUAAUGGGUACAACUACUUUGCCGACAUUCUGAAGCCCCAAGAGACGAUUCUGGUCAACGGCACCAUUGUCCAGACGUCUCACAAGGCCAUGUGCGCCUUCAUCUUGGCUAUGCUUUGCAAGGGUUUCAAGCCGGGUCAGGUUGUGUGCAAUUCGACCGACAUCAUGAAAUACUGCUUGCACCAUGUCACUCAUUCCGAAGACCCGCUAUUGCGGCAGUGGUCGUGUCUCUGCAUCAGCCAGUUAUGGAGAGAUCUUCCAGAAGCCAAAUGGCGGGGAAUCCGUGAGAACGCUCACCUCAAGCUAGCAUUCUUAAUCAAGGACCCAUUCCCCGAGGUUCGCGCUGCCAUGGCCCAUGCCAUGACCACCUUCCUUGGCAUUCCCGACCUCACAGAUGAAGUCGCAAGGAUUGAGGAAGGCAUCGCUUGGACCAUGCUCGAACUGGCCACAGACGGCAGUCCGGUUGUCCGCAAGGAAUUGCUUGUUUUCUUCUCCAAGUUCGUGCUGCGGUACGAACACAAGUUCUUGGUUGCUGCUUAUGAGCAACUGUUGGAGGAGAAGGAAUACAUGCUCCACCCACCAGCGGAGGACGGCUUGGAUCACAAGAUGGGCUUGCAUUACGCCAGAAAGGAAAAUCGGGAGGCGGAUGGCACCAUCAGACCCAUUGUUUUUGGUGUCGCUCACGACUCGAUUUUUGCAGCCUGCUGGAAGCACAUCGACAUCCUGAGUGUCGACCCGCACCCUGAAGUUCAAAGGGAUGCUACCAUUAUUCUGGACUACGUCCAUCAUGCCCUGCUACACUCCCCCGUGGGGCCGCAGGCGCAGAGUCUCAUGGAUGAAAUCCUCAGACGCGCUAGAAAAGUGUCGAGGGGUGAUAUGAGCCAGAGAAGCAGCGUGCUUGGCACACACACUGCUAUGGCGCAACCUAUGCCGUCCCCUGGGCUUCUCAAGAGAACGGCGAGCUAUCUGUUUGGGCCGUUACUCAAAGAGAACACGCCGGCGGGACUCACAAACCCUCCCCUAACUCCAGGACUGCCAAAGGCCACAAAUCCAGGACUGUCCAGAACCCUUUCUCAUAGAAGCCGCAAAGGACCUAAUCUCGAGAAUGCCCCGCCCGAGCAAAACGACCAAGUGACUUCGCCAGCCAAUUAUCAUAUUGCGAACGAACCGCUUUGCGCAGGGUAUCGGGAGCGCAGCUUGACUGAGGUGCCCAAGCUUCCCCUGGAGAGCACAUUCUUGGACUGGUCGACGGAAUAUUUCCGGGAACCGCAGAUGAAGCUCGCUGAAGCCGAGGAGCCCGGCAGUCACGAGUACAAUGAACGACUCUGGCGUCGAUCUCGCAAUGAGGCUGUUCUUAGAGAGACACAGCCCCAGAAAGCACAGGCGGGAACCCACAAGUGGAACAACCAGAUCGGUAUCAUCAACAAUGGUGCACAGCCGGCCAAGAUGUCGUUUCAUCAAUUCGAGGACCAUGUUGCCGUUGCAGAUGAUGGAAAUACGGUAACAGUCUGGGAUUGGAAGAAUGGCACCCGCAAGAGUCACUUCUCCAAUGGCAACCCUGAGGGGUCGAAGAUCUCGGACAUGAAGUUCAUCAAUGAAGAUGAUCAGGCUCUUCUCAUGAGUGGGUCUUCGGAUGGUGUCAUUCGCAUCUACCGGAACUACGACAGUGAUGAAGGUGUUGAGCUUGCCUCUUCAUGGCGUGCCUUGACGCACAUGGUGCCGUCCAAUGUCAACUCAGGCAUGGUCUUUGACUGGCAGCAGGUCAAUGGCCAGGUCCUCGUGGCAGGAGACGAGCGUGUUAUCCGGAUAUGGAACGCAGGCCACGAGAUGUGCUCGCAUGAGAUCCCAGCCCGUUCCGGAUCUUGUGUUACAUCUUUGACUUCUGAUCAGAUGACAGGCAACAUCUUCAUUGCUGGGUUUGGAGAUGGCGCUAUUCGUGUCUUUGACACGAGAAACAGACCGCAGGAGAGCAUGGUGCGCAAAUGGAAGGAUGACAGCAGGCAGUGGGUGCGAUCAGUGCAUAUGCAGCGUGGCGGACAGCGCGAGUUGCUGUCGGCGAGCAGGAAUGGCAAAGUCCGGUUAUGGGAUAUUCGCAUAGAGAAUCCUCUGAAGGUGUUCCAGGCUACGAAGGAUGUGCUCAGGACGGCAAGCACUCAUGAGCAUUUGCCUGUGUUUGCUGUUGGCACAUCCGCCCACUUGGUCAAGGUCUUCGACUUUGACGGCCACGAGCUGUCGCGUCUGGAACCAUCGACUAGCUUCACCGCCGGGCUCAAGUUAACACCCAUCGCGACAACCGCUUUCCACCCUCACCGCAUGAUACUUGGGUACGCCGCCCGCGGCGAUAACCACAUUCACAUAUCCGCCUGCGGCAACGAGGUCGCGGCGCCGUUCGUGGCAGCAUUUGCGGCCGAGGCUGCUGCUAAACGCCUUGCUACUAUUCAACAGGCUGUUUAAAUGACACCGCCGUUGCGUCCAUCUUUCAUUCCGUGUUGCAUUGCUUGCUUGUUUCCACUGUUUGUCAAAUCUGGAGUUGUAGGGUGGGGGAGGAUAGGGGUGGGUAGUGAGGCGCAAAUGAUACCUAUGGCGUUCCAGGCAGGCAGAGAGAGAGUGGGAAGUUCAUUCAUACCAUCAUUAUAUGAGAUUAUCCCCCAACUUGAAGCGCGUCUAAGGAGUGAGCGGAGGGGGGUUUUCUGUUCUUCUCUUGGGUUUUAGGGAUGGGCCAGAGGGUUAAUAUAAUACUUUUAUUCUUUGCUGGAAGUAAUAUUGGAGGAAAGGGGGGUCUUUGCUGUGCAUAACAUUUGUGGAAUUGUGUGUCUAUGGUCUGCGCUUUGACAGCCAAGCUGGCAGCGUCGAAAUUGAACAGAGCGUUGCGUCAAGUUAGGGUUUUGCUUCAGUCUUGUUGAGGUGUACACGGUGUAUACGCCAUUGAACGAGUUUCAAACAUGCUUACCCUUGGUGAGCUUUCACAUGU